AGAUAGUACCCCGUGCUAUUAAUUAGGGAGAUGGUUGACAAAAGGAAAUUAGAUUGUAUGACCUCUUAUACUAAAAGCCCAGCCCCGUGAUGAACGAGACUAGCCUGUUCUUGGACGGUCCAGCACGUGGCCCGAAAGUGCGAUUCGAUUCCUCAAUUUGCUUGGCCAAGGGUCUUUGCUUUUCUUUCGUUCGUGUCACCUUCUGCCUGGGUCCUCUUCACUAAUCUGUAGAGCUCCAGGGUCAUGUCUCAAGCCAUGCCACUCUUCGUGUCAGUCGGCACUUGGCAACGUGCCCUACGAUCGCGUUCGGAUUUGUCCCGGACGCUCGCGCCAAGUUGCAGACAUGACUAGACUUUGCUCAGAUACAGGCGAAUCGAAGGGCUCCUGCGCAAUAUGAUAAUUUAUAUCAUGGGCAAUCGUCUCAGGUCGUCCUCUGGCGAUCUUCCCACAGACGCUACUAUGGAGCGAACCAAGCUAUGGCACCCUUUUUUGUCAACGCUGUUCGAGAAUGCUGGUGCGCUUUCGCCCCAUCCGAAAGACGGAAUAUAUUGUUUUAUAUCCUUGGCAUUAUGAUCUACAAGUUUGGUCUAGAGGCUUUCAACGGGUCGAUUGUAGCCCUCGCGACGAACCGAUAUGACUAUGAUGCUAUGCGAACCAAGACACCCGCAAAGACUUUCCAGAGAGUUGGGCUCAUGGUGGGCCUGAACCAAGCUUGCCAGUGUAUCGGAUCCAUUUUAAUUGCCCCCCUGAUUCGGAGAUUCCCCCCUCAAAUUGUGCUUUCCAGCGCAGUGCUAGUAUUCGCCUUCUUCAGUACCCUCCUCCUCAUCAUGGAUGCUAGUACCGGGGGCACAUUUGCACCGCCAGGUUUUCGUGAUCAUCACCCCGAACAUGAUUUUCAUUACUAUGGACAAUACAACACCGAUGGCAUGAUCCCUGUUUACUGUGUCGCGGGGGUCGCUUAUGGUAUGGUGGAACUGAUGCGCCGUGUUAUUCCCCGUGACCUUGUCGGGGGAGAUGUCAAGAAGCUGCGUCAGUUGGACGCCUUGACACACAUCUUCUACGAGGUUUCGGGCACGGGUGGCGCUUUCUGUACGGCUUUAGCCUUGAUUCCAUUCUUCGGGAACAACUACUCUUUCCUGAUCACCCCAAUCUGUUUCGCGCUCGCAGCUAUUUCCUGGUUCCUACUCACCGACCAAACACUUCACAGUCGGAGUAUACAAGUAUUAGAACACCAUCCUUCUUACAUCAAGGCGGUCACGGUCGGGUUUUGGCUGUUUGCCGAAUCGAUCUGGACAGGUGCCCGGAUUCUCUUCACCUCGCGCAAAUUUAUCUGGCUGGUUCCCGGAUAUUCUGUGGCGCUGUACGCUCACCGGUAUCUGGAGAAUGCUGUAGCUCCCGCAGUUGCCCGUCGAUACUUGGGCAAUGCUGCCUGGUCCCAGAUUAUCGUGGGUGGAUCAAACUUAGGAGAGCUUCUAGGCGCAUUAUUUGUUAUCUUGUUCACGAACCUAGUGACUACACCGAUGCCCUGGCUACGCCUUGAUGCGAUCAUGCUCCUCAUAACUUGGUAUCUGCCAUUUUGGCGGCCAUCAAUGCGAGUCAGCGCUGCCUGGAUGGCUGCAGCAACAUUCAUCCCUAUCUCGUUUGGCUGGGCAGCUGGUGAUGUCUCAUUGGCGGCUUACAUCCAAGCCACCCUCGCGCGGGUCGAAUCGAAGACCGAGAAUGUCUCCGCCCUGGGCGCAGUCAUGGCCUUUUUGUAUUCGACAUAUAUUAUUCUUUACGCAAUCACUUCCCCGGUCCUUGGAAGUUACAUUGACCGCGUAUAUAGUGAAACUGGAGGAGCCGAGAACGGUGGCAAUAUAUAUGCUGCAAUACGAAAUGUCGCAUGUGUUCAGUUUACGGUGAUAUCGGUACUUGUCUUCGCAUCCACGUUCGUGCCACGGGGAUCGCUAGCGCUUAACCCGAAGAUGCUCUAUAACGAGAGCCUACACGGAAAGCCACAUUUGGAACGUGUAUCAUCAGAAGAUGAUCUGGGAAAGUGACGGAUGUUACCAUUUCCUAACCGGCGGCGGAACAUGUAGAUUCAUAUGUCAAUUAAACAUUGAGUUGGACGGCGUUUAGGGCAAUCGAGACUGGGCUUGUGUAUAAAGAUU